AUGCUGCUCUCAGACGCAUUCAUCGGCAACCUCGAGAGGUUGUCGAGCUUUGUUGAUGCCGGCUACAUCAAAGAGAGCAGGCACGACGAUUCCAUCAAGAAGCACGUGACGGCUAACAAGUCCAUCGACGACACGUUCUGGUCGCAUGUGGAGCGCAUGGCUAACUUGCUGUCCAGCGGCACGUUUACGGCGACAGACAACACAGAGCAGCUAGAUGCAAAAGUUGCACACGUUGUGCGAGACGGAGCACCACAGUCAGCAGCGGCGCGCGGAGCAACAGGGGUUGGUGGGUGGAAGAUGAAGGAGGCUCGUAGGCCCGCACAGAAAAAGUUGAAGCGCACGUCCAAGGAAACGAAGGCCGCGGCGAAGACGAAGCACGGGAACAUCGUCAACUGCUGGGCCGCACCAACAAACAACCCGGAAAAAGCAACACGUCAUCUUUGCGGAGAGGGAUUAUCUUUGGUUCACCAUCGAGUUUGCGGACGCGGUUUCGGAUACCGGCACUGCCAUUGA